GUGCUGCCAGUUUUCACUGAGGUAUCCGAAAGAGAGGGAAAGAGCAAGGAAGAGGAUGCGAGUGGAUUUGACUCGACAGCGUCUUCUCUAGACGUUGGAGAUGAAGUAUAUUAUCAGUUUCGAUCACGGAGCCAUGGAGAAACGAGCCAGGCUGCUGCUCUCGCUGUUCUUACUGAUGUCGAAGUUGUGUCUCAGUGAGCACCAGGUCCUCCGAAUCGGGGGUAUAUUUGAAACUCGGGAGAAUGAGCCAGUGAGUGUGGAUGAGUUAGCCUUCAAAUUUGCUGUUACCAGUAUCAACCGCAACAGAACACUAAUGUCAAACACUACAUUGACCUACGACAUCCAGAGAGUGAACUUUUUUGACAGUUUUGAAGCCUCCCGAAGAGUGUGUGAUCAGUUAGCUCUAGGUGUUGCUGCAGUGUUUGGCCCUGCUCACAGUUCCUCAGUCAGUGCAGUUCAGUCAAUCUGUAAUGCCCUGGAGGUCCCACACAUCCAGACCCACUGGAAACAUCCAGUGGACAACAAGGACUCCUUCUUUAUCAAUCUCUAUCCAGAGCACAGCUCCAUCAGCAGGGCCAUUUUGGACGUUGUGACCUACUACAAGUGGAAGACUCUAACAGUGGUCUAUGAAGACAGCAUAGGCCUAAUGCGCAUGCAGGAGGUUAUCAAAGCACCAUCCAGAAAUGGUAUGAAGGUGCGUAUUCGUCAGCUGCCCACGGGGAGCAGUGAUGCUCGCCCACUUCUCAAGGAGAUGAAGAAGGAACAGGAGUUCUAUGUCAUUUUUGACUGCUCCUACCAAAUGGCCUCUGAGCUGCUUAAACAGCUAAUGUCGAUGGGAAUGAUGACUGAGUACUACCAUUUUUUCUUCACUACUUUGGAUCUCUUUGCACUUGACCUGGAGCCCUACCGAUACAGUGGCGUGAACAUGACUUCUUUCCGCCUGCUAAACCUGGACAACCCCUAUGUUGUGUCUGUUGUUCAGAAAUGGAGUGCAGAAUGGCAGUUUGCCCCAUACAGACCUGAAAGUGGCUUGAUGAGUGGCAUGAUGACUACAUCAGCCGCUCUAAUGUAUGAUGCUGUGUUCAUGGUUGCGGUGGCAUCACAGCGGGCCAAUCAGAUGACAGUGAGCUCACUGCAGUGCCACAGGCACAAACCGUGGCGGUAUGGACCCCGCUUCAUGAACCUGUUUAAGGAGGCUCAAUGGGAUGGCCUGACAGGACGGAUUGUCCUUAACAAGACUGAUGGACUGAGGAAAGACUUUGAUUUGGACCUCAUCAGCCUUAUGGAGGAAGGUACAACAAAGCAUGUAGGUGAUGUUGCACCACGUCGUACAAAAUUGUGGACAAAGAUUGGGGUGUGGAAAUCAUACACUGGUCUGAACUUGACUGAAAAAAGGGACAACUCUAAUAACGUCACAGAUUCUCUGGUCAACAGAACGCUGAUUGUUACCACAAUUUUGGAGAACCCGUAUGUAAUGUAUAAGAAGUCUGAUAAGGUGCUUUAUGGGAAUGAUCGCUUUGAAGGCUACUGUUUGGAUCUACUGAAGGAGCUCUCCAAUAUUCUGGGAUUCAGUUAUGAAGUCAAGCUGGUGUCGGAUGGCAAGUACGGUGCCCAGAAUGACAAGGGAGAAUGGAACGGAAUGGUCAGGGAGCUCAUUGACCAUAUUGCUGAUCUGGCUGUGGCACCUUUGACCAUCACUUAUGUGCGAGAGAAAGUUAUAGACUUCUCUAAGCCAUUUAUGACCCUGGGGAUUAGUAUCUUGUACCGUAAACCCAAUGGCACCAACCCUGGAGUUUUUUCUUUCCUCAACCCUCUCACCCCAGACAUCUGGAUGUAUGUGCUGCUGGCAUGUUUGGGAGUCAGCUGCGUGCUCUUCAUUAUUGCUAGGUUCACACCAUAUGAAUGGUAUAACCCUCAUCCUUGCAAUCCUUCAUCAGAUGUGAUGGAAAACAACUUCACGUUAUUAAAUAGUUUGUGGUUUGGAAUUGCAGCACUCAUGAGGCAAGGGUCAGAUCAGAUGCCCAAGGCUUUAUCCACCAGAAUUGUUGGGGGGAUUUGGUGGUUCUUCACACUAAUCAUCAUAUCAUCCUAUACUGCUAACCUGGCUGCCUUUCUCACUGUGGAGCGGAUGGACGCACCAAUCGAUUCAGCUGAUGAUCUGGCCAAGCAGACUAGAAUAGAAUAUGGAGCAGUGAGAGACGGUUCCACCAUGACUUUCUUUAAGAAGUCAAAGAUCUCAACAUACGAGAAGAUGUGGGCGUUCAUGAGCAGCAGGAAGAACACAGCCCUGGUGAAGAACAAUAGAGAGGGCAUCACACGCGUCCUCACCACUGACUAUGCCCUCCUUAUGGAGUCCACCAGCAUAGAAUACAUUAGCCAGAGAAACUGUAAUCUCACUCAGGUUGGGGGACUCAUAGACUCCAAAGGCUAUGGAGUAGGCACACCUAUAGGCUCGCCUUACAGGGACAAGGUGACAAUCGCCAUCCUGCAGCUGCAGGAGGAGGGCAAGCUCCACAUGAUGAAGGAGAAGUGGUGGAGGGGGAAUGGCUGCCCUGAGGAGAACAACAAGGAGGCCAAUGCCUUGGGAGUUGAGAACAUAGGGGGUAUCUUUAUUGUGCUUGCUGCUGGCCUCGUUCUCUCUGUUUUUGUGGCAAUUGGAGAAUUUGUCUACAAAUCUCGCCAGAACAGCGAUGUUGAGGAGUGCAUUUGUUUUAGUGACCUGAUGGAGGAGCUAGGAGUCUCCUUCAGGUGCCACAAAGCAAUGAGGAAAAGAAGAAGACCACGAGGAAAAGCAGUACUCACAGGAGUCUUAUACAAUUCCAAAUGCUUCCUGAGGAAAGAAACUGUGGCUUAGGGAGACUGGAAAAAGAUCUGACUUCUAAUGACUUGGCAAAGGAUUUUAAUUUGUCAGUUGAAUUGAAUUGAAUGAUUUAUUUUAUUUUAUUUUAUUUAUUUGAACAUGGUCAUAGUUUGUAUAUCUCACUUUGUGGUAGUGGAACACUUGGUGUAGUUGUUUUGUACAUGGAAUUAUUGAAUGAAAAUGGAGUGGAAUCGGGAAUACAUCAGUUAUUCCAUCUUAGCAUUUCUUGUGCCCAGUCCUCAGUUUUCAAAAUAAAGAGGUUUUGCAUAUUUUAACCAGCACUGUCUUAGUCUAUAUGAAUUAAAAUCUGUACAAAGGUCUUGAUCAAAUGGCAAGUAUUCACAAAUGAUUUCAUUUUUAUUUCCUGGAGGGAAUGUGAACAGAAAAUAACUGCACAUAGACAGUGCCAAAUGGAAUUUGAGCACAAGCCAUUCCAGACUCAUUUGAACCCCUCUGUUUUGUUGUUUAGUUUCUGACAAUUCAGUACAGCCUUUCUGAUAUACACAAAGCACUUCCCUAUUCUACUGACCAGACUAGUGAUGUUUGUAAAGCUCAGGGGCUCUCAACAGAGGCCAAAGAUUAAACUGCCCUCACUUACUACCUUUACUGAAGCCCUGUGAA